AACACGGAAGGAGGGGGGCUUGCUCUGUCCAGUUAUUCUUAUACAGUCUAUGCUUUUAACUGUGCAGUCCUGCACUUGUCAUCUAAUUCAGCAACAUUUCUGGAUUUUGUGAGCUACGAGGAAGAAAGUAUUCUGAAGAAUUAAAUUCAAAAUAGCAAGAAGUUUAAACCACUGAAAGAGCUUUUAGAAGUUAAAGUACUUACCAAAGCUGGUGCUUCACGCAAAUUUUUAACCCUCAACGAUGGUUCACAGUGAAGAAUAUGAGCUGUCCAAUAUUUAUGGAAAUCUUGACAAUCUUUCAGUGAGCAGGAACAUUAUAAAAAGCAGCUCAAAUGAAGACGACAAAGAGACUUCAUCAGGAGGGAAAGUGUACCGAGUGGUUGCAGUGGCUUUGGGACUCUUGUGUCUGCUACUGGCGGGUCUCAUUGUCUACUUGUUUGUUGCUCACCUUUCUCAUGAGAAAACCGCAACAUUAGAAAAGGAUCAACUAAAAAGUGUGAUUUCUGAUCUUGAAGACAAAACUAAAAACCUCACUGAAGGCACCAAUGAGUUGGAGAAGGAGCUGGCUGCCUCUGUAUCAAAGCACAAUUCUGUUACUGAAGAAAGAGACAACUUGACGAAAACACUUUUUGAGACUCAAGCCAAAAUGAAAAGCCUUUCAGAAGAGAAAGAUGAGCUACAGAGGACGCUGAAUGUCUUAGGUCAAGGGAACUGGAUAAUUUCCAGUGGGAGUGCUUACUAUGUAUCCACCACAGAAGACAGCUGGGAAGCAGCCCGACGCGACUGUCAGAACAGACAAGCUGACCUGAUGGUCAUUAACAACCUAGGAGAACAGAAGUUUGCUAAUCAGUUAAAUGAGUACAUGUGGAUCGGACUGACGGACUUGGAGGUGGAGGGGACAUGGAGAUGGGUGGAUACAACUUUAAUGAUGACAAGCUACUGGACUGAGAGUGAGCCAAAUGGGGACAGAAAGGAAAACUGCGGUAAUAUAAAGAAUUUCAACUCUGAGAGGAGCUGGAACGAUGACGAAUGUUCCAAAAAGCUGCGCUGGAUUUGUGAAAAAAGAAUUUUGCAAUAACCUAGAAAUGCAGAAAAGUGAAAAAUGCAUUUAAUGCUCAAACACAAACAAACAAAAUAACAAUACAGCAAUGCUGCUUCCCAACAAUUUACUUUACAUUUAAAAUGACAGCCAUUUAUUAAUUUGCUGUUUCAUUUAUGUAGUGUGAAAUGCUUGCUAACCCAGCCACAAACUGUAUUUUUGUCUACUUUAUCACAAAAAGCAUUUUUCUGCAUGUGUCCGUUUUUUUUUUUCUU